CUGACCGAGCGGCGGGAGCGAGGGCCGGGAUAUAGUGUCUUUGACAACUGUGAUAGCAGCUGUCAUUUGCUGAAUGACUAGUGUGUGCCACACACUACACUGAGCAUGUUUUAGGCAUUUCCUCUAACACAAAGUCCUGCAGUGUAGGUACAUCUCACGAUUUCAGUGAUGUGGGAGUUGAGGCUCAGAGUGGUUGAAUAAGUUGCAGAGUUAUGAAGACAGUAUGUGUCACACGUGGGUUAUAACCCUAAAUGUAGUCAGUGCCCGUGUUGCUGUUUUCCAAAAGCACUUGCUGACGUGAAGGAAUUCCCAAUCUUUCAUUUUCUAUCAUCAGUGUCCUGUGAUAGUCUGUGCUGCCCGCCCUCAUCCCUUUGUUCAUUUCCCUCUGUACAGUAUCUUCACCGGCCCACUCGGCCUUGUGGAAUGUAAUUCUUCAAGGCCCGGAGGAAACACCACGCUGUCCUCUUAUCAGAAGGUUCAGAGAUGGGCAGUGAGAAGGAGCAGGAUCCAGAACAGCACCUGCCUGAGGAAGGGGAACGGGGUAAGCCUUGGCGAGUGGAUGACUCAGAGGGUUUGCAGAUCCCCGAUGGCGAGAAAGAGCCUGGGCAAGAGAGCCAGUCACAGGGGCCACAAGGGAUCCAACCAAAAAAGCCAUGGCAGAAAGUCACUGUCCCUGCUGGAGAGCCAGGGGACCCCAUUGCUCAUCCAAGACCCGAGGCCGAUGAGAAGCCAUUUAUAUGUGCCCAGUGUGGCAAAACCUUCAAUAAUACCUCCAACCUGAGAACACACCAGCGGAUUCACACUGGCGAGAAACCUUACAAGUGUUCUGAAUGUGGCAAGAGCUUCUCCAGAAGCUCCAACCGCAUCCGGCAUGAGCGGAUCCACCUGGAAGAGAAGCACUACAAAUGUCCCAAGUGUCAGGAGAGCUUUCGGCGGCGCUCGGAUCUCACCACGCACCAGCAAGAUCACCUGGGCAAGCGGCCAUACCGCUGUGACAUCUGUGGCAAGAGCUUUAGCCAGAGUGCCACGCUGGCCGUGCAUCACCGGACCCACUUUGAGCCGGCGCCCUACAUCUGCUGUGAGUGCGGGAAGAGCUUCAGCAACAGCUCCAGCUUUGGGGUGCACCACCGCACUCACACAGGCGAGAGGCCUUAUGAGUGCGCCGAAUGUGGGCGGACCUUCAGCGAUAUCUCCAACUUUGGAGCACACCAGAGGACCCACAGAGGGGAGAAGCCCUACCGGUGCACUCUGUGUGGGAAACACUUCUCCCGGAGCUCCAAUCUCAUCCGCCACCAGAAAACUCACAUGGGAGAGCAGGCUGGGAAAGAUUCCAGCUGAAGGAGAGUGAGGGAGAGAGAGACCCGACCUAGUGUAGGAAGAUCAUUAGGAUCCGCUGCUGGCCCCUUGACCUCAAGCCCUUCAUUCCACUUUGGAGAAUGGUUUCCUGUUGCCUGUGAAGCCAGGAUCUCCGGGAAGUUCUGCAAAGGGACUCUGAGUAAAAAUCCUUGCCCCUUUCCAGGCCAAUUUUUUGCCUUGGAAAAGUCAGAGGAUUCAGUCUUGGCUUCGUCUCCUUGGGGUGAAAGAGAAAUUGGAUAGGCCUAGUAAUGCCCCUGUCAUUAGGGUGACUGUCCUGGCCUUUGAGGAAGUGCCUGUAAGAUGGGCAUCACUGUCUGAGGUCCUCCAAGGUACAUAUGAACUGCUUAGGGCGCACUGCAGUGGCCUGCUCGUUCCCAUCUGCUGUGCCCCAACUGGGCUGGGAGGUGCAGCCUUCCCAGAGGAAGGGGCCUCCUUGGCCUGGAGAGGAAGACUGAAGUCCUGCCUUAGGAAUGAAAGGGAAACCCUCAGGGAGCCAUGAUCCAGGGACCUUCACACUCCCGGUGUUUGUGACUCGUUAUCCCCACCCCAACCUGCAUCUGUUCCCCAAAUGAUUAGCAGUAAAACCCUUCAAUGAAAAGGACCUGUGUACUUAUUUGGGGGCAUCAAAGAAGUGGGGAGUUGGGGAGAUGGUCUCUCUGCAGUGACUCUGGAAGGAAGUUGAAUUUCAAGAAAGAUAGAGUGGUGGUUGCUCUGAAGAGCAAAGGAAAGCAGGCUGAGUCUCCGGGCCUCAGAAGGGAGGAGGAAGGAAAGGAAGUAACAUUCAUUGAGCAUCCACUGUAUAAUCUUCCAUAGAUUCUACCGGUCACGUUUACAUUCUUCAUUUCAUUUAGUUGUGACAGCAACCCUCAAGGGAAUACGAUGAGGAAACAAGUGAGGUAAGGUGAAGCCACUUGCUGUGAAGUCACACAGCAGGUAUGUGGUUGAGGUCAGCCUUGGGCCUCCCUUGAUUCUGAGCUGAUGCUCUUUUCACUACAUUCACCUUGCUGACUUCUGAAGGAGCCACUUAGGGGCUGGGCUGGGACCACGUGACUGCCUGGAGGUGGGAGCUAUCAUGGCCUCUUGAUGGGGCCCUGGACCAUUUGUUCUGUGGGAAGUCAGUGCCAACCUUUUCAGCUUUAUUAACAGCGCUAAUUCUGUGCCUAGGAAAAAUGACAGUGGCAGGGAGUAGGGGGUGAAGGGUGGCAUAAGAUGAAGAAAUCAUGAGAGUCUUUGCCCUAGUAGCAAUAGUUUAGGUCCCAAGUGUGGCACAGCUUGGCAGGAAUCAUGCCUGGCUUCCUGCCGUGGUUUAGGCCUGGCUCCACAUGGCAGAUUGCAGUGUUUUCUGCCCGGAAGUUUUGUGUUCACCCAGAUUUCCUCUAACAAAUACAAAAGACACCUCUCUCCUUGUCAAUCUGGGGUCCUGCUCCUCCAGAGUGAGGGGCCCUCUUCAUUUGGAGCUAACGGACAGAAUGUGAAUCUGGCACCAGGCUUGGAACUGAUACCCCCAUGACCUGACCUUUCACGUGGGACCUGCACCCACACAGGAAUGGACGUGCCAGGAGCUUUACAUUCUUCAUUUUACUGGAUUCUCGUAACAACCCUGUGAAGUUAGAAUUAUCCACAUUUGGCAGUUGCAGAAACAGGUUGAUAGAAAGUGACUUGCCCAAGAUUACAUGGUAGAUAAAUGGCAAGGUCAAGAACUGAACCUUCUGUCCAAAUCCAAAUCCUGUAUUUUAUUCAACUAUAAAAGUCUUCCCAAAUGGUUCCCUGACAUUUGUAGGACACUUUACAGUUUAAAAACCACUUUUAUUUCACAUACAUUUUCAACUCCUUGAAAAUCUCCAAAAUAUUUUAAACUACAGUCACCCAAACUUACAUGUAUGAAUUCCCACAUGCCCUAAUAAUAAAAGU